UACCCCGCCCCCUUAGGCAGUUCUUCGCCCUCGCCGUCUCUUUCGCGGGAAGCUGGCUGGGCGAGAGGGCGCUGGUGCGGGGGACUUGAUUGUUUUGGGAAGAGGCGAGGAGUGGAGCUCGCUGCUUGGACGUGAGCGAUCGGCGGCGGAGCUAUCAAUAUCAGUACCGAUAACAGUCAUAAUAAUAAUAAUAAUAAUACUAGCAGUGGCGGUGGACUUGGCUUGAUCUAGGCAAGGAGGAAGGAGUCGCUGCCCCAGGCAUGAGGUUGCCCGGGCCCCACGCCGCCGCUGCCGCCCCCAGAAGCCGCCGAUCCUCUGCUGGAACCCGGUAGUCCCCUCCACCCCACCCCGCUCCGCCCCAGCUCUUGGGGGCUUCCUCUGGAUGCGGCUGCGCCUGGGCGCUGCCCGCUCCGUCCGGCUGCCGCCAGCCCCGCCGAGCUUUGGAUGAUGACGAUGAACUCUCUGGCCGAGAGCUUGCUGGGCCCUCCGGACCCGUCCAAGGCGUCCUUCCUGGACUUCGGGCUCGGCCCCCCACCUCCCUCUCCGCCUCUCCAUCACCAGCAACAGCAGCAGCAGCAGCAACCCGGCUUGGCGCCCCCUUACUCUCUGCAAGCGCUGCAGCCGCCGCCGCACGACGGUGGUGGGGGCGGCACCUUCCCCCCCGGCGCAGCCUCGUACGGCAGACCCCUGGCUUACGCCCCCUACCCCGGGGCAGCCGGCAGCAGCCCCCACCACGCUUUCUACCACCACCACCAUCACCACCACGGCGCCUCGUACUCGCCUUACCAGCAGACCUCCAGCGCCCUGGGACACGGGACGAGGCUGGAGGAGACGGACCUUGAGAAAUCGACCAUCAUUGAGAACGGCGAAAUCCGCAUCAACGGCAAAGGCAAGAAGAUCCGCAAGCCGCGCACAAUCUACUCGAGUCUCCAGCUCCAGGCCCUCAACCAGCGCUUCCAGCAAACCCAGUACCUGGCGUUACCCGAGCGAGCAGAACUAGCAGCGCAGCUGGGCUUGACCCAAACCCAGGUGAAGAUCUGGUUCCAGAACAAGCGUUCCAAGUUCAAAAAGAUUAUGAAGCAGGGUUCCAGCAUCCAAGAUGACCACCUCCACAGUUCCUCAUCCUUGUCCCCUUGCUCCCCCAACAUCCCCCCACUCUGGGACAUACCCAUGGCCUGCAAAGGCCCUCCCCUUCCUCCCAGCAGCUACAUCAACAGUUUUGGACCUUGGUACCAUCAACCGCAGCACCAAGACGCCAUGGGGAGGCCUCCGGUGAUGUGACAAAGGGGGGCGCUGGUAGCAUCAGCCCAUCCUCGAUGUAUCUCUUCCUCCAAAGUGCUGAUCAGGGUCCCCGGAACAGGCGAAUGGAGGGCGUGGAGUUUGGAGGGAGAAGUUGGCUUCUUUGAAGGAAUCACCAGCACUUUCCUCUUGGUGAGAACAUCCCUGGCAGGAGAUGGACUUCGAACGGACAUGUCCAGGGACCAAAUCUUAACAACAAUGGCAGGUUGUGUGAGGCAAAGUUAGGGAAAGAACCCCCAGCUCUGAAACACGAAUGGAAGGUCAGGGUCCCAUUUGAAUCGGCGUCUCUUCAUCAGGGAUUUUACAAGAGAGGUGCUUGUGUGUUUUUCGUUCCAAAGAUAGGCUCAUGGGUGACAUGGACCUUACGUCAGAUCUAGUUGUGUUAGUAAAAGAUCAGGUUUUGCCAUACUUGCCCCUCUCAUCCAGCAAGGCUUCUGUGCCUUAAGCAGUAUUGAUGGAAGACAGCAAAUAAACAGGUAGUGGUGUUGCUGGUUUGGAGGUUCAGUGACGGGAGGACUUUAUCUGUUGUAUUUCUGCCUUGUCCUGCAGAGGCUCAAGGCACAGGAGCAUUGCCAUCUUUAUGUUUCUUUUUUUUUUGGGACAAUCCUAGUUAGUGUAGCAAGGUUUUGAGCUGCACAAAGAUCUACUCCAGGCAAGGACCUGAGAGAAGGAAUGAUUAACUGGUCAAACAGGCAAGAAAGCAGCGCUUGGAGAGUUCUUUUUAUUUAAGGGACUAGUUCUAGUUCUGUAUGUCUAAAAAGGAAGUAAUUAAAGUUUGGGUUCUUCCCUUUACAAGACAAACUAGUUCAGUUGACAGUUCAAUUCAAGUCCGUCCAAAUCCUCAACAACAACAACAACAACAACACACCAAAAUAAACCGAUUCAGAAUGUUACAAGCUGCGGUGCUGGAGUAUAGAAUAUACUUAAGACUAAGAAAAUGUCAAUGCACAUGCAUACACAGAGAGUGGAAUGAGAUUUGUUUCAUUUCUUUUCCCCCAAAUAUUAUGUUCUACAAACUUAAAGGCCCAAAGAGUCUAAAAUAAAAAAAAUUAAAAUAAAAAAAGAGAAUGAACUAGAAAUCAUUCAAAGCUCUACCCCAAAACAAACUUGAUUUUAGUUCACCUGUUAGUUAUAGGAAUGGCUUUCAGGUUCAGAGAUUUUGGAACCAAUUUAGUGAACAUUAUAAAAUCAAAACAAUUCACUCCAAGCACUGUAGGAAAGAGAGCCUAAAUAUUGGCAUAAUUUCAUAAUGGGGAGGGGGGCAAGGAUACAAGUUAGGCUGGAUAUUCUCAUGGGGUUAAAACUGGCAAGAACUUACCUAUCAAAAUUGGUUCAAUUCACCUUCUACCUUCAAAAGAAAUUGGUGAUAGUUCUAGGUAGCCAAUCCCCAUAGAGCCGCAAUUUGCUAAAAGCAGGGGGGAUAUAUAUAUAUUUUUUAAAAUAUCCAACCGCUUUCUUCAAAGCCAAAUUUGCUUCCAUGUCUGUCUGUACUAAAAUAUUUUUUCAUUAAAAAUUGUGCUAAAGCCAGGAUUAUGUUUACAGUCAACGAAACGUUUGUGGAAUGUAAUCUCCAUAUCCUCUCCCCACUCCCCCUUUUCUUUUUUUAAAGAAAAAGGGAUCUUUCAUAUUUGCUUCAGCUACAACAUGAAGUCUCCCCCCCCCCCCACCUCCAGCAAAUAACUGGAGGCUAUUUAACUAAACCAUUAAAAGAAAAAAGAAAAAACUAAUUUAACUUUUCUCUCUCUCCCCCUCCCCCCCCACUUUGCCAAGCAUAAUGACAUUUUUAUUUAUUGAAAUACAGCUUUUGGUAUAUUGUAUUGUUUUCAAUUUAUAAACAGAAUGUAAAACUAUAAAUAUUUUUUUUUGUACAAACAAA